AUGGGGAUAGUGAAACUUCUCCUCAAAGUAAUCCUCAUCCCUAUCGUGAUUUUCGCUGUCAUCAUCAUCAUUAUUUCAGUCCUCAUCAGGAUACGCCGAGAUCGGAAAAAGGAAGAGAAACAGAUCAAUCAGAGGGGCUUCCAGCUACCGCCUUUAACAGAAUGGACCUAUCCGGACCAGGGUGAUCCUGUUCAGGUUCAGAAGCCUGCUCCGCUGGCUUAUCCAAUCACUCCGAUCCCUACUCCGGCCCACAUGGUUACUCCGAGUCAGAUGGAGUCAGGCUAUGCUCGACCGUGCUAG